AUAUAUAUGUAGAUAUUAUAGACGACAAAAAUAGUUUUUCAGGAAAAUUGCUCAAGAUUUUCUUAUUAAUUUUUUUUGGUUGAAAUUAUGUAUAAGACGUAACUUUAUUCGAUAUUUAAGGCAUCAUUAACAAUAUUUUAAGACGAUUUUCCUGUUGUUACUGAAGGAUAUUUCUAAAAACUGACAGUAAAUACGAUUACUCUUUCCGCGACUUUCUUCUUUAGAGCGUAACUGAUUGUUCAAGAUAUAUACAUUUUAACGGUUAAUAAAUAAGACGUGAAAGAUGGAUCCUGAAAGCUUCCUCGAUAUUGCUAAUCAAGUGAUUAAGCUCAAAAUGUUUCCAUACUUUGAUAUCGCACACAGUCUAUUGUGUGCACUGUCUGUCAAAGAGGAUUUAGGAAGUGGUGCACAUGCUUUCAGUCGUAAACAUCCAUUAGCAUGUUGGCUGUCUACAAUGCUCGUUAUUUUUGCUGGUGGCAUGGUCGCUGCUGCUUUAUUAGGUGAACCUGUAUUAGGACCAUUAAAAAAUACCCCACAACUUCUUGUGGCUACAGCUUGCUGGUAUGUUGUAUUCUACACACCAUUCGAUAUUGGAUAUAAAGUCAGCAAAUUUUUACCCGUCAAACUUGUUGCAAGUGCUAUGAAAGAAGUAUACAGAGCAAAGAAAGUUCAUGACGGUGUUGUACAUGCUGCCAAGCUUUAUCCUAAUGCCUACAUCAUUAUGAUUGUUAUUGGUACAAUUAAAGGCAACGGAGCAGGAUUUACAAAAUUACUUGAGCGAUUAAUUAGAGGAAUCUGGACACCAACUGCAAUGGAAUGCAUGCAGCCUAGCUUCUAUACCAAAGCAUCAGUUGUUGCUUCAAUUAUUUUUGUAUUAGAUAAGAAAACAGACUGGAUUUCAGCUCCACAUGCACUUGUUUACUUUGGAAUUGUCAUCUUCCUCGUAUACUUUAAACUCUCGUCAUUGUUGCUUGGAAUUCACGAUCCAUUUGUUCCAUUUGAGAAUCUUAUGUGUGCAUUCUUAUUCGGAGGAAUUUGGGAUUCACUUGCCAAACUCUUCGGAAAAGGACAAGUCAAAGAAGAGGCUAGUAAAGAUGCUAAAAAAGCAAAUUAACAAAAUUAUUAACGUAACAAACUUAAAAAACAACAACAAAAUAAUUGAAGUGCAAUAUAGUUAAGGAUUUUACCCCCACGACAUUUUUUUUAUACAUGUUUCGACCAAAAAAACAUUAAUCUACUCACUUGAUUCACACAUGUGUCAUUUAUUUCAUAUGUCAUAAACUUUUUGUUCUGACGAUGUAGCCAAAGAUGCUAUUUUAGAAAAUUCGAGUCAUUUUUUAUUUUAAAUUUCAAUUGAAAAAUCAUUUUUUUGUUUCCAAUAACGACCGAGUACAUCCUUCGUAUGAUUUUUUGUAUUUGUGCAAAUUUUAAAGAUUUCUUUUUU